AUGGGGCAGGUGGCCAAGGGCCGUCCCCACUGCCAGGAGCUGCCUGACAGCGCUUGCCCACAGAUGGAGAGCCGCCGCAUCACACACAUCUCCGCCGAACAGAAGAGACGCUUCAACAUCAAGCUGGGCUUUGACACGCUGCACAGCCUGGUGAGCACGCUGAGCGCCCAGCCCAGCAUCAAGGUCAGCAAGGCCACCACCUUGCAGAAGACAGCCGAGUACAUCUGCAAGCUGCAGCAGGAGCGGGCAGCCCUGCAGGAUGAGGCACAGCGGCUGCGGGGGCAGAUCGAGGAGCUCCCACGCUCCCUCAGCCUGUGCCAGGAGCAGCUGCCCGCCACGGGUGUGCCCAUCACACACCAGCGCUUCGACCAGAUGCGCAGCAUGUUCAACGAGUAUGUCCGCUCCUCCACACUGCAGAACUGGAAGUUCUGGAUCUUCAGUAUCAUCAUCCGGCCCCUCUUCGAGUCUUUCAACGGCAUGGUCUCCACGGCCAGCAUGGAGAGCCUCACCCAGACGUCUCUCGCCUGGCUGGACCAACACUGCUCCCUCCCAGCACUUCGACCGACCGUCCUGAGCUCCCUUCGACAGCUGAGCAUUUCCACCUCCAUCCUGAGCGACCCGGCCUGCAUCCCCGAGCAGGCGACGCGGGCAGUGGCGGGGAUGGCAGGGAUGAGUCGUGGCGGCGGCUCCUCCUAG